AUGGCUACCCAUCCAUACGGUUUGCGCAGCAAGAUAAACUCCCAGUCACCCUCCAUCCGAACCACGCCUCUCGCUUCUCCGAUACUCACCAAGACACCGGGAGGGUUGUCUCGAAGAUUGCGAGCAACAGAGGUCUCUCUCCAAUUACAAAAAGUCAUAGGAACCACCACAAAUAAUCCCAGCGGACUCUCGUGUUGUCCUGCGAUCAAUUCAUACGCAUACUGCGCGGGAGCUGUAGCAGUGCUAGCCAAAGUCGACUCUGAAAAUACCCCCUCUCAUCGUUAUUACAAAGCCAGGCCGACCGCACCCUCCUUAAAUCCUCCCACAUCCCACUACGAAAACUCACCUGCGAGUACUCCUUCAAAGCGAAGGACAAGCACGUUUCCUUUGAGAAAAGCGCAAGAUGAUCAUAGUGCGAGUACGUUUGGUAGAGAAUGGUUGGACGAGUCUGGAAGUAGCACGUGGUCCGCAAGAGAGAGAAUUAAGGCUGCAUCCUGUGUUUCGCUCAGUCGGGACGGUCGCUGGCUAGCGGUAGGAGAAACUGGCUAUAACCCACGGGUUCUCCUCUUCUCCACCGCUGAAGAUGCCUCCUCCGAGAUUCCCACAUCAAUUGUUUGUGAUCAUACAUACGGGGUACGGUGCAUCGCAUUUAGCCCUGACAUGAAGUACCUCGCCACUCUGGGCAACUUCAACGACGGAUUUCUAUUUAUCUGGUCACUGAAUCAGAAGACUGGCCAACUGACCUUGCAUUCCGCGAACAAAUGCACCACCACAGUCAGUGAUAUGACAUGGUGUGGAACUAAUCUGAUUACGGUUGGUACGAGGCACGUCAAAUUAUGGCACCUCACAGAAUCUCUAAAACGUUCACCAGUCAGGCAACCAAGGUUUCGACGUUCGGAAAUAUUGCCCUCCAGUCCAGGACCGACACCUUUAUCGGGUCGGAAUUGUCUACUUGGCUCAAUGGUAGACUCAACUUUCACAAGUGUGUUGCCCAUUGAUGCCACAACCUUCAUUCUGGGGACCGAGACAGGUCAUUUGUGUUUGGUAGAUACAUCACAAGCUAUUCUCGAGCUCAAGGUGUUGAAGAAAUUUGACAUCUCUAUCACAUCUAUCGCUUAUGUGGAAGAAUGUCAACGUCUACUCCUGGGCACCUCAUUAGGUCUUCACACCGAGGAUCUCGAUGACUUACGAAAAAAUCAGUCGGCUAAUGAAGUAAAAACUUUAGUGGGUGGACCGCAACGCAAACCGCAUCGUAUCUCUGCUGUUAGACGCUCAUUAGGCUUCCUCUCACCAACGAGUCGCCAUGUCACAGCCGUUGGAACAAUGAAAGAGCAGACAGUCACGCUUGAUAGUGAGGGAAGCUUACAGCUACAACAAAAUAAAUCUGAGGAGGGGCAAGAACAACCUAUGUUCGCCGCUCAUAACAGCAUCAUUCAAGGUGUGCAAAGUCUACCUGUUCGAGCAGGCCUAGGCGAUUUCUUCACUUGGUCCAAGAAUGCGGAGAUCAAAUUCUGGGAUGUGAAGGGAAAUUUAUUAAAUCAAGAGACUCUCGAUCUGGGACAGUCUGAAGGCGAUGGCGGAAACUCUGAGAAUGAGUUGAACCGCAUGCAAUUCGCCGAACAAUUCAGUGGCUUUGUGGCUGGUGAUCGAUUCGGCAUGCUUAAGCUAAUCAAGAAUCCACAAUGGUUAGUGGUGCAUACCAUCCGAGCCCACAGUGCAGAGGUAAUGGGUAUAGCUGUUCAUCCUACCGAUGCUCUUGUUGCAACUUGCAGUCGGGACAGAAUGAUACAACUUUUCCAGAUAAACAACGAUAACUUUGAGCUACUUCAAACGAUGGACGAUCACGUUGGAGCUGUGAAUCAGGUGCUCUUCGCUUCCAGCGGAGAAAAGUUGCUUUCCUGCUCAACAGAUAGAUCGCUGAUAAUACGCGACCGGAUUUCUCGAGACCAGGAUGGCGUGCAGACCAGUGUAUAUCUUUCUACGAAAGUACUCACACUAAAGGGCUCACCACUAUCGAUGACACCCUCAACGGAAAAUUGUCUACUAGUCUCCACAAUGGAUCGCAGAAUUACAAAAGUCGAUCAUGCAGCCGGUACACUUUUAGACUCAUACAAAGUGGGGGACUCCGAAAAUGAUGACACUGUCUCCUUGAACACGAUUAUUUGCAAUCAGGCACCCGAAGGUGCUGAUGGCUUUCAAAGGGUAGUGACUGGUUACUGCUCCAUGGACAAGUCUAUUCGCGUUUAUAGUGAGAAGAACAUGUCUCUGUUAGGCAGAGAUUCUGGGCAUACCGAGGGUGUCAGUGAUAUUGCUCUUCUUGACCAAUCCACCGAUGAGUUUUCGGGUCGACAGUGUACGAUAGUUAGUACGGGCUUGGACGGUACUAUCAUGAUCUGGACAUUCUCGAAGUCGACAUCCUUCCUGACACAAGACGGGUCGCCAGAAAGACCGCAUGGACUUGGUAUAGCUGGGGAAGAUCCAGAGUCGCCGGGCGUGAAGCCCAGCCCUGCAUCUCUUCCACCUCUUAGAAAAGUGUUGACAAAGUUGGACAUUGCCGAGCUUACUCGACCUAAGAUGUCGCUCUCGCCGUCAACGCCAAGGUCACUUUCACCAGUAAGACUAAAGCGCAAGACGUCUCGACUUGCUCUCUCGACUACCGUCGAAGACGUCGAGAAUGUCUCUGCCAGACCAGCCGAAAUCGCCACUGCUGUCAGCAAGUCACCUCAGGGCGAAAAGGGACCAAAAUCGAAUCCUCGCCGUUCUCCGUCGCCUCCACUAAAGGUGCCAACAAGACCAAAGCCACAAAGGUCACGUACAGAAUUGAGUAAAGAGAAUGAAUAUCGGGCUCUACACGUCCAAGAACGUUCUCCAUCACCACCACCAUUCUCUAUCACCGUGCCCACCACCCCAAAACAUCGCCAAAAAUCCAAUAACGGACGAUUACGCCGACCACCCUCCGUCCCCACAGAUCUCAGGAACCAUGCUAUAGCGCAAGGCCGACGGCAAAGCAUGAGCCAAGCAUCCGACUUCGGAAGCUUGAGCAUGGCCACCGAGCAAGCGUGUCGGAUGCUGAAGACCUAUCGACGGAAACUGACCAGCAGCAAGGAGGUAGUCGAUCUGGACGAUCUCGAAGAAGAGAUCACCGUGAUGCAAAAACUCAUCAGGGAGAGGAAGGACCGGACCCUUCAGCAGAGUGACAAUGGCCGUCGUCGACUGAAGGCGAAAGCCGCCACGGAAAGUGACAUGGACCAAUUAGCGGUCCUCAUGGGCAAGACGAAAGUGUCAGAACCCAACAGCAAUAAUGGAACGAAUUCGGAUAAGGAUGUGUCGGUGUCGGCGUUAAAGGAAUGA